GAAAAUGACGCAGACUCAUAGAUCUGGGUUACAACAGUAUAUAAAAACUGAGGUCGAUACGGCUUCAUCAGUAUAGGAGUUUCAUGCACUGUUUUCAACGCAUCAAAAUGUGGAAGGCACUGUUUGUAUUGUCAUUGUUAUUUGUUGAGGCUUCAUUAGGUCUUACGGGGUUCCGCAGUGAACAAGCUGUUGCAGAUGCAUUUCAAAGAGGAUUUUUAUCAAAGUUUUUACCAACAACAACCACAUCGCGAUCUGGCUGCCUUGGGCUCUUCUGCAAUUCCGGUAGUAAAGUGGGCAGGAAUGGUGGCGCUGUACCCAAGAUAGACCUGAUAUUUGUCCUCGACAGCAGCGGUAGUGUUCGACAACAAAACUUCACCGUUGGCAAAGACAUGAUGAAGGAAAUCGUAGACUUUGUGGACCAACAGGCACCAAUCUCUAGUACAGGAUCAAGAAUUGCCUGUGUGAGCUUUUCUUCCCCUGCCCUUACCCGUACCCAUUUCACCUUCACGGCCAAUAGCAAUCCUGCAGCUGUGAAGACGGCAAUCGACGGCAUCAAAUUUGACAACGGUCCAAGUACAGCAACGGGCGUGGGUCUUGAAAAAGCUAAAACCGUCUUGGAUGCUGCUUCGGGUGCUGGACGCGUGCGUUUAUUGUGGAUACUGACAGAUGGCAAUAAAAAUAGCGGGAAAGAUCCCGUUCCAGUGACAAACGUGCUUAAGGCUAAUGGUGUAGAGAUAUUUGCCAGUACUAUCGGCCCUAGGGUAAAUCUCGCGAGCAUCGAGGCCUUGGUUUCGCCUCCAAUUCCCGACCACAUAUUCGAAGCCCAGUCCUUCGCUGCUGCUAGAAGAAUUGCCAACAGGGCCUUCACUAGUUUUAGGAGCGCACAUGGGCUUUCCUCGCCUACACAGGCACCACUGACAUUACCACCAAAUUUCUUUCGCAACUUAUUGUUGAACAGGCUCAGAAACAUUGGAAAAUAAGCGUACUAGUCCGAACGUAAAUGGUCUAAAUCCAAUACUUAUGUUUUGUUAUGAACUUUAAAGCAUACAGUAUAGUACAAAGUUAAGUAGACUUUACAUAAAAACAAGUACAUAAGAACACAAUAUAAUCAGAAUAUAUCAGUCGAAAAUAAUCUUGAAAAGGAUGAAGAUUCAAGAUAGAAACUGCUUAUUUCUAACAUAAAAUCAAUAACAAGUAAGAUAAUCAAUCAUAAAAUUCCCUGAAGAUAUAUGUUGUAACUCCAUUUUAAAGUUAUCAGUUGAUUCAAUUGGUAGCAUAUUUCAUUCCACUGAAAGCUGACUUUAAAAAACAUGUCCACGUAAGUUUUAAGACGCAUUUUACAGGUUUUAAUAGAAGUUAAUCUACUGAAAUUUCUGGCAGAAAACUAAGAGUCUGAGUGAGCUUUCUGAAUCUAGUAAUCAAUGGCCAACAUUUCUGUUUUUAUAUAGAUUAUCAGUUAAAUAUUCAAGAAAUGUAAAAUGUUUAAAAAAGGGUCUCAAAAGCAAUGUAUUUUCUUUUGUUGGAUCGGGGGAGGAUAUUGUUCA